AUGCAAGAAAAUGUUGAGGCACCGACUUCAAAAACUGUUGAGGUACAAAUUUUAGAAGAUAUCGAAGUACCGAUCCUGGAAAAUGCGGUACUGAACUUGGAGGAUGCGGUCACAUUAGAAACACCUAAUGAGAAUGAUGCACUGAUAGACUCCGGUGAGAGAGGCGAUCCAGAUCCCACCGAGCAGUCAACUCCUACUCCACCACCGGAAGCCACCGUUUCAGUUCCCCCUAAGGAAUGGAUUGAUGACCGGCUCCAAGAAUUUGAAGCAUCCGUUUCGGGACGGAUUGAUGACCAACUUAAGAAGUUUGAAAUGUCCAUAUCAGGGCAGCUUGAAGACCGGCUUCAAAAGUUUAAGGCAUCAAUAUCGGAGCAGAUUGAUGACCGUGUACUUGAACACGAAGUGUCCAAGCUUCAACCGUUCAAGGAAUGCUGCGAUAAAAUAUUUGAUUCGGCCAUGCAGUUCGCCGGUGUGACAAAACAGCUUGUGGAUCAACAUCAAGCACGCUUAGCCGACCUCAGCACCGGACUGUGGGAAGAGGCCGGUGAGCGCGAAAAAUGUGCUCAGCAUACCGCAGCUCUAGAGGGUAUAACUUCGGACUUAAAGAAGGAUCUAGAACGGGUCCACACGACAAUUGACCGGGUCUCGGUGCUGGAAAAGACAAAUGAGACUCUCGUGGCCGAGGAAAACGCGGAUGCCGCGGCUCUAGAGGCUGAUGCCCUAAUAGCUAAAAGGGUCCAGGAUGAACUAAACGCCGAAGCCAGCAAGGAUAAAGAGGCGCCGCGAUCGUCUCAGCUGACCGAAGCCGAAGUAGAGGCCGAAAGAAUAAGAAGGGCCGAGACCUUAUAUCCAGGGUAUGCUGAGAAAGUGGCUAGUCAAGCUGCGGAGGAUGCCGCACGGUUGGAGAGGCAAAAACGGGGGCUGGAAGAAUUCUCCGAAGCAAACAAGAAGAAGAAGAAGGCGGCCGCCUCCGAUUCAGAACCGAAGAAGAGAAAAAGGCCGGCUCCUAAGAAAGUUCGGAUAGUCGAAAUGCUCAAUGAAAUAUCUGACCCGGUUGCUACGGGUACUUCGCAGCAAACCGACCCAGUCGAAGACGAAGUCGAAGAACAGCUGCGAUAUCCUCCCAUGAUGAAUAUGCUGCAAACUAUUUCCGUUUUUACAAUAUUUAUGAAUAUUGUACACAUCGGUUGGUACGUAGAUGCUCUCCCGAAAAUCACCUACGUAGCCAAAGACGGAACUGGUGAAUUUUCUACCAUUGGAGAAGCUAUCAACGCGAUUCCCAACUACGUUAAAUUCCGAACGUAUAUAAAAAUCAAACCUGGGAUUUACAUGGAAAAUAUUGUUGUUCCGAAAAGCAAAACUCGUCUGACGCUUCUAGGAUCUGGAAUCUACAAGACCAUUGUCUCGGGCAGCAGGAGCAACAAAACUGGCUUUGCGACGGAUAAAACUCCUACGGCAGAUAUCAUCGGUGACGGAUUUGUUGCCAAGCAAAUCACUUUUGAAAACACUGCUGGCCCGUCAAACAACCAAGCUGUCGCACUGAAAAGCGAAGCCGAAUUUUCUGCUUUCUAUCGGUGUAGGUUUCUCGGAUUUCAAGACACUUUAUAUGCGAAAUCAGGGAAGCAAUUCUACCGAGAAUGUGAAAUUCACGGUACCGUGGACUUCAUUAUGGGAAACGCAGCUGUGGUUUUCCAAAAUUGUGAAAUUUUGGUUGGGAGAUCUCUUCCGGGAAAACCAAAUGUGAUUACUGCCCAAGAUAGAGAUCAUCCAACUAGCCUUACAGGAACAGUCUUCCACAAUUGCACUUUCAAAGCGUCACGCGAAUUGCAACCGGUUCUAACAUCUUUCAAGACAUAUUUGGGACGGCCAUGGAAAGUGUACUCUAGGGUGGUAAUCAUGCAGUCCUAUAUUGAUAAUCUUAUCGAUCCCAAGGGUUGGUUGGCGUGGGAUCCAACUAGCCGAUUAGAUAAGUUGUACUAUGGUGAAUAUGGUAACAAAGGCCCGGGUGCAGUUACCACGGGUAGAGUUACUUGGCCAGGUCGCAUACUACUCAAUACAACAACUCAAGCCUCUCCUUUCACUGUACGAAAUUUUAUCCAAGGCCACACAUGGAUUCCCGACCAUGUUCCUUAUCAUCUAGAUUUAAUAUAG